GCUAAUGGCCUAAUUGGAAUACUGAACAUGUCUCUUCCAAGAGCGCAUGCUGUUUUUUUUUCUCUUUUUGCAAUCACCAAGGUCAAUAUGCUUAUUCAGUUAGGACUUUAGUGCAACUGACAUACUCCCUCUGCCCCACUCAUUAAGACGUGGUCAAACUUGACACAAUCUUCAAAACUAAUCUUUGACUUUAAAUUUCUCAUAUACUACAAUGUUUGUAGCAACAAAAUUAUAAUCACAUAAAAGUAAAUUUAAAUCACAAUCCAAUGAUAUUAUUUUCAUCAAAUGAAAUUUAAUUUAUAAUAAAAUAUUUAUUGGUCAAAUAUUUAAAUAGUUAAAUAUUAAAAUGCGUGCGUGCCUUAUUGAGUGGGACGGAGGGAGUACUAACCAGUGGACAAAAUUCUAGUUUCAAGAUCGACUCAACAAUCUGCUGAUAAUAUGGCAAAAUUUGAUCAUGUGCAUGACAUGGUCUUUUAGUAAUGAACCUCAGAACUUAUUCAUACUCCUUCAGAAAAUACGUUAUGUAUGGUGGAUGUUUGUGAAGAUCUAGCAGAUGUUGCAUACUGUGCUUAUUGACAUCAGUAAGAUUGACAGGAUGAGAAAAUGUCGAUGAAGGAUCAAUACGUAAGGCAUAAAUGCAAGAUCAUACAGCUACAGGUUCUAUUCUACAUAUGUCCUCCUUUUAGGGAUAUAUUUAGCUUCCUUGGAAUAGAUGACAAUUUUUAUAGUGAGCAGCCUAGGGAGUGGAGAAGAAUGGAUGGUUCCUCUCUUCUUCUUUGGUUUCUUCUCUCCUUGGUGGAGUGAAGGAAGAAGACAAAAAUGCCAACACAGAAAAAUAAAAUUGAAAUAUGUGUUUCUUGUCUUUGUCCUCUUAUUUGUCUCUUUAUAGUUCUUGCUUUUGUCCUCCCUUUGGCCCUCCAACUGUGGAUGUUGGAAGAACACUAUACUGCUCUUUCAGGUAAUAACUUUUCCUGAUUCAUCCUUGAUCUGUCUAUUUAUUUGAUUCAAAAUUUGCAUCACCCAUUUCCUUACCCUGUAAACUGCAACACCUUAAGAAUGAGAUAUUGGCAAAACUCAGUCAGAUAUUUGAUUCUAAAUCCAUUAUUUUCUCUACAGUUUAAGUCUGUAGAAGCAUGGUAGAGCGCAAAUCCAGGAUUGGAAAUUAGAUGGUUAUCUACUUUGAGUCAGAAAAUUGAUUCUAUAGAUUCAUUAUUUCUUAUGCGGUUUAAAUCUCUAGAACUAAGUUAGGGUACUAUACAGGGUUGGAAACUCUACGGUUAUCUAAUUAGAACCUAUAAACACUUGGUAAAUUCCAUUUUCAAAUGAUCAAAUCCUACCACUUUCAUUUUAUGGAGUGUGAUUUGUUUAGUAAUGCAUCUCUGGAACUGUAGUUCCCCUGUAUAGGAGUUAGCUAGUUAGGUAUUUUGCUUCAAUAUACAAAGUUUAGGGUUUUCAGCUAGUUCAUACUGAGACCACAUUGAUCUGUUGCUUUAUACAUUUUCUCCCAGCCAGAUUUUCACCAGAACACUAUUUGUAAGAUCAUAUAAGCAAAUUGACCCACAGCAAUCCAGUAACGUAAUACUGAAGAAUGCCAUGUAGGAAUGAAGGAAGAGUGAAAUCCGUGCAACACUGCAUUUUGAUUUAACUGUGAUCUGUGAGUCUGAAUAAAGUGAACGUAAGUUCAUAUAAAGUUAUGAACUCAUUUUGUAUUUUGCAUGUUCAGAAAGUUCCCUUUUAUAUAGCAAUCUAAAUCGUUCUCUGUUUGUUAAUUUACAAGCUCUGUUGCCAAGUGAAAUUAUCGAAGUGAAUUACUUAAUCCUUGUAUUAGUUGCAUUAUAUUCAUUUAAGUUUUUAAGUUACAUCAUAAUGAAUCUUGAUUUGUUUUAUUACUUAAUUAAUUUUUGAAAAUUGCAUAUUCUUUUUUACUUUAUUCUAUUGAUAUUCCAAAAUUGCAGUUUGCAAAGCCACAGAAGCUUUGAAGUUCGAGAGAUAGUUCUUUGCUCUGUUGAUAUUACAAGAUUAUAGUUUUCUAAGCCACAUAAGCAUUUAACUGUUUGAGGGAUUGAGAAUGUUAGCUGCAGAGAGAAGCUCAGGACACAAUCGACAUUCUCGUAAUGAUUCUUCCACAAAGCACAAGAGUGGCUAUGAACCUUCGGACACAGAAACUGAGUGGCACGAAAGCCCUUGGAAUGAUGCAGUGUUGCCAUCAGGUAGGAAUACCCAAAUUGGUGCUAGAAGGCAAAACUUGUCUCCUAACCAUACAAGAGAGUAUCCUAAUGAGAAAACUUCAAACUUGAGAAACAGCCGUACUCCUCCAAGGUUCACGGAACAAGUGCACCAAAAUUCUUCACACAGUGGUGGGAAGAAUGAAUUACGCAAGAAGAGCAACCGAACACCUCCCAGAUUUCGGCCUUCAAUGGAAAGCUUUAGUCGGUCAUCUAUCAAGGAAAAAUUUUCCCAGAACCGGUCAAUUUCCACGCCAAAGCUACGGCCUCAUGAGAAGGAGCAUCCUCCUAGAGCUCCUGCAUUCCUUGGCACUAAUCUUAUCUCCAAACAGGGGGAAAUGGAUUCAGCUGACAAUAUCAAAGAGGAUUCACAUGCAGAAAAUUGUUCCCAAGAGAUCAAUGAGUUGAUUGCGAAUGGCAAGUGGCCUAAUUCCAGAUAUAAUGAGUAUGCAUGUACGAGUACAGAGUCCAUACCUACAGGUGACAUCUUCUCUCGUGACUGUAGGGCUCCAAUUCAGAGAACACCAACAAAGCAUAACAAUGACAAGUCCUUGACCUCAGAAACUGCCCGUGCUGAGAAUUAUGGUACUGAAGCAAAUAGCAAUAAUUUAGCCCAAACACCAAAAUCUAUUUCAGCCCAGACAGGCCUUUCACGAACAAUUAGGAAUUCCAACUAUGGUACUAGUCGGCACACUCAAAUAAAUAGUGGCGCCACUUUGAGUAGCCAGUUUAAUAGUGGCAGAUAUAGUGGGGACAGUGGAAAGUUCAGUGAUUUCACUGGGAAAUUAGUUGGAGGAGUCAUGAAAUUCACCUCCAACAUGCAAAAGGCGCAAAAUGAUUCUUGGCUUCCAUGUGUCACUGGAAAGACAUGCCGAAAACCAAAAUCACCGAACAGCAAAACAACCGACGAAUCUGAAUCGAGUUUCAUUCAGAAGGCUCUUGUUGUGGAAAAUAUUAGGCUUUUCUGGGCUGAUAAAUAUCGUCCAAGAACUCUUGGUGGAUUUACUUGUCACAGGGAGCAAAUUGAACAGCUUAAACAGUUGGUCUCCACUGAGUUUUGCCCGCAUAUCAUUUUCAAAGGACCUCCAGGAUCAGGAAAGAGUUCAUUGUGCAGAGCCGUAGUUACUGAGAUCUUUGGUGACUCCUCUCUAAAUGUUUCUCACUACUUGAAGAGCUGCAGUGGCCAGGGUUCUACAUCUAUGCCCGUUCUUGUCCCUUUGUCAUCUAGUGAUCACCAUAUGGAGCUUAAUUUGAGGUAUUAUUCGAAGAAUGCUGGAUAUGUUUUGAUGGAUUUGGCAAAUGAAAUUACAAAUAAGAAGAAAACCACCGAUCCAUCUGUGAGAAAGAAAUUCAAAGUAAUUGUUCUCUAUGAUGUUGACAAAGUUAGUGAGAGUAAUCAACGUUUGAUAAAAUGGAUGAUUGAUUCAUCCUCUGACACACACAAGAUAUUAAUGACUUGCCAGGACGAGUCCCAUAUUCUCGAUUCAAUGAAGAGCCGUUGCAAGCUUAUUUGCAUUGGUGUACCCAAUACACGCGAGAUUGUGGAUAUUCUUACUUACAUAUCAAAGAAAGAAAGUUUUGAUCUUCCUUCAAGUUUUGCUGCUACCAUCGCAAGUCAAUCUAGGCAAAACAUGAGGGAGGCAAUAUUGGCCUUGGAGGCAUGCAAAGCCAACAAUUACCCCUUCAUUGAUGGACAAGCUAUACCAUUAGGAUGGGAGAAUGUUCUGCAGGAAAUUGCUGCAGAAAUAUUGGAUGACCCUUCUCCUAAAAGGUUAUUUUUGGUGAGAGGCAAGCUUCAGAAACUCUUGGUUGAAUUUGUACCUCCUAAACUAAUACUCCAGAAGCUUGCAGAGCUAUUUCUGAAGGGAAUCCAAUCUAGUAUAAAGAGGGAGGUUUAUUAUUGGCAUGCCUACUAUGAUAAGAGAUUGCCCGUUGGCGCAAGUGCACUGUUGAAACUGGAAGAAUUUGUUGCCAAGUUCAUGAGCAUCCACAGGAAGACCUUGCCAGUCAGAUCAACACGACCAGUCUAGUAUUCUUGUGAAGGUGUAAUACAAAAGAGAGCAUGUCUUCGGUGUGUGUCAGUUUUUGUAGAAAUGAAGUUUCUUGCGAGUAUGAUCGUGUUUACAUUUUGGAAGUGUGGGAUCCGGAGCAAAGCAAAUCUAAACCAAAUUAUGGACUUAUGCUACGUAUGGUACAGUCGACGAACCGAACCAUGCAUAGCUGGCUUCGAAAUGUAACGUACGGGAAGAAAUAAGUGUACGUACCUUUUGUGUUUGACCAGAAAAAAUGCCCAACGUUUCUUUUUA